AUGGAUCGCAAGACCUCAGAGUUUCAGCCACACAGGUUCUUCUGUGUCAAUACCAAGGGCCCCGUUUGUCAACAUGGCUUCAAGACACUUGGUGGCUACCGACAACAUCGCAAUUCCGUCCAUAUCAACCCUCCAUGUCCAACACGCCCUCGUCAGCAUUCUUUUGUGCAUGACGAGGAGAUACCUCAGGGCGCCUACUAUAUCCCACACCCAGUUCUUGAUGGUACACCAUGUGAUGUCGAGGGCCAUGAUAUACAUCCACAGCAUCCUCCUCCUGAGCCGCACACUCCACAAGACAAUACCUGGAGUCCCUUCCCAUCUCGUAGUCACUUUGAGCUUGCGGACUUCUUAUUUUGGCGCAAUCAGAUGCCUGCAGCGCAGGUAGAUGAUUUGAUGCAGGUGCUUGCAUCUUUUGAGGCAAACCAUGGCCGUCCACCAUUCCAUAGCAACACGCACCUCCUUGACACCAUCGAUUCAAUCACCUCUCAUGAUGUACCGUGGCAAUCACUUUCUCUUCACCACCCUGACUACAAGGCAAACCUCAACAACGAGGAUGUUCCUCCCUGGAAACGUGCUGAAUUUGAUGUUUGGUAUCAAGACCCUCGCGAACUAUUGAAGAACCAACUUUCCAACCCGGAAUUUGUAGAUGGCAUUGACUAUGCUCUGUUACGCACUCAAAUAGAUCUGUUAUGCGGAGCCCUAAGAGGGGCGUCGUCCGCUAACGUUCGUGAUGUAACCGGAAGGGUCCGGUGUAGCGACUGA